AGUAUUCCAGCUCAUGUUGUGUCUGAGCUGCAUAGGUUUAGGUGAUAAGAAAACGCAUCUAUUUAUGGUACAGAACCAACUACAGGCACAGGGCGAGUCAUAGUGUUUAGUGGCAGACAGGCUCAUUCACACCAGCACGCACAUAGUCACUUGCACACACACACACUGCACAGGAACAUUAAGCCAGAAGUCUGCUGACAUUUUCUUUAUCGUUUAUCAUUUGGCAGGCUCUCUGCUGGUUUUCCUCUUCUGAUAAACAUUUGUUUUUGCAGCUGUUGAAUUUCCACGAUGGACAUUGGAAGAAGGCUGAACAGAGGUGAAAAUAUUACAUUUAUUAACCCCUGGAUUAAGUACUACCUAUUUUUCUUCAGCUUUCUCUUCUGGAUCAUUUCACUGGUGAUUGUUGCUAUAGGAGUCUAUGCAAAGAUUCAGAAAGCUACAGAUGCUGUGCGUGACACUUUCAUCAUCGACCCUGCAAUAAUAAUGAUCGUGGUUGGAGCCAUUAUGUUUUUAAUCACCUUCUGUGGCUGCAUUGGGGCCUUGCGUGAAAAUAUUAUGCUACUGCAAGUGUUUUCGAUAAGCCUGACGGCUCUCUUCCUGGUGCAGCUGGCAAUAGGAGUCCUGGGAUUCGUUUACUCUGAUAAGGCAGAAGAUACAGUGAGUAAAUUCAUCAAGAAAGCCAUUGUACAUUAUAGGGAUGAUAUUGACCUGCAGAACCUGAUUGAUUAUAUUCAGAGAGAGUUUCAUUGCUGUGGCUGGACUAACUACAAGGACUGGUCGAAGAAUAUGUAUUUCAAUUGUACACCACACAAUCGCAGCCCAGAACGGUGUGGUGUGCCUUACUCCUGCUGUACACCUGUACCUGGUGAAUCCGUGAUCAACACAAUGUGUGGUUUUGGAAAGCAAUCACUAAACCAACUGGAAGCCUCAAAAUUCCUCCACCCAGUGGGCUGUGCUGACAAAGCAGCAAUCUGGAUAGAGAGUCAUCUGCUGCUGGUGGGGAGUGCUGUGCUCGGAAUGGCUCUGCCUCAGAUUGGAGGAAUUGUUCUCUCUCGCAUGCUGAUUGGACAGAUCAGAGAGGAAAUUAAGUCAAUAUAACAAGGAGAGCCUUGGCAACAGGGAACAAGCCGAAGGCAGCGGAUUCAUCGCACCUUGGGUAAGAAGCAAAGAAGCAUAACCAGGCGAAAGUAUCUUUUGUGUGAAGAAAACCACUUUGCCAAAAUUCCAAAUACAGUUCCGUUUUUAAGUGUUGCAAUUGACUGAGGUGGUGGAAUCCAAGAUUGAAAAUCCUAGUCUCUCUCCUCACCCAUCAUUCUCAGAGAGGCCAGGAAUCAUGAGGGUUGCAUCUCAUACUCAGUGCCCCAUUCCCUUCCCUUGAUUCAUUAAAUUGCCUAGAAUCACACAAUUGGCCAAAAUCGACCCUCACAAAAUUCCAUGCAUCUACAUUGAGCCACAGAAAUACGAGAACUCUUUCAAUAUUCCUGAUAUGAUUGCACUACGCAAGACUGGGAGACAGCAAAUAGAUUUGCUGCGGUAUUUCUGUACAACUUACAGGGCAACUCAUCUGCUGCAGAUCAGAAAGAACAGAGAAGACAAAAUUGACCUUGGGUGCACGGUGUUAGUAUUCAGCAACGAUGUUAGCACCUCUGCAACACUUGGUGGGAGGCAGCCUGACAGAACCUGUCUUUCCAUAGCGCCUUUACUGUAGAAGAAUGUGCCACAAUGAUACGCUAAAACAUUUCCAAAUAGAGUUUGUUGCAGUCAUCCAAUGAAAUAUCAGGACAAAUCAUCCACAGGUUGGUCAAAGAGGGAGGGUUCAAAGGAGGAAAAUAGAGACUGGGAGAAGGUUAGGGACCAUUAGGCUGUGGCAGCUGGAGCCAUUAGGAUCAGGGAGUGAUGAGGGGCCAGAGGAGGAAAAUAUCCACCCCUUUCCUUUAAUUAUGUCUGAUUUGUCCACUCCUUUCUCUUUAUCACCUCUCCUUCUCCCUUGCACAGUCCCAUUCAUUCCACCCAUUCCCUUCCACCCAUCCCUCCCUUUACUUUAACAUUUCGCUCUUCCUCUUUUUUACAUGAUUUCACACCUCUACUCUUUUGUCUCCAUUCCACCUCCAGCCUUCAUUACUAUCUCCACCCAUCUACAAAUCAACCCCAUCCUCACCCAAAUCUACCUAUCAUUUACCAGUUUUUCCCCCCAACCCUUCCUCUCACAUCCCUUUUUUUCUCCUGUCCACUCCAUCAGUCUGAAGAAGGAUCCCGACCUUAAACAUCAUCUGUCGACUUCCCUCCACAGAUGCUGACUGACACACUGCAUUCCUCCAGCACUUUGUUUCCGCACUGUAAUAAUGCCAUGGCCGUGCAUGGGAGCUUGCAGUGAACAAGUUGCCACUCACAUCUCCCAUGUUAUUUAACAGCAAGCACCCUCCAAGAAGAGUUCAGCAUCUAUGAAAGGAAAGGGGAAGGUUCCAUUGAAAUGCCAGUCCUUCCACUCCAGUCAGUGAGGUGUGCAGAUACCCAGCAGGGAAGUCAGCAUCUCAUUAUCCGCAGAAAAUCCUGCAAACGUAUCAUGUAGGUCAGAUCUGAAGAAGAGAGGUUGGCUAGUGUUGUGGGGCAGGGAAGUGGGAGAGAGAGAUCAACCAUUAAGCUGUUUGCACACAUAUCUGACCCAAGAGGGCUCAGCAGAAUGAAAUGAUACUAGUAACCAUACACAGGCCAUCCCCAGAAACAAACGGGAUCCAUCAUUACAGACGUCCAUAGGUUGAUUUUGUCCAUAAGUCGGAAAAGGCAAAAAAAAAAAAAUCACCGAUAUGAUAACCAUGCCACCACAUUACCCUAAUGGCUGGUAAAACAAGCAUAUUAAACUGGUAGAAAGAACAAUUGCUAAAAGUAGAGAGAGAGAGAGAGAAAACUAGGAGUAAAUGUAAGUAUGUAUAUCUGACCUGUAUUUAUUAUUAUGGGAGCUCGCUCAUAUGUAGGAGUGUUUAUGUCAGGCAUUCAUAACUAGGGGAUGGUCUGUAUAUGACAUUCAGCAAUCUCCAGGGCAGGAAAGCAUCAUAACCUCACGUAGGUCCCCAGAUCCAGAAGCAGUGUUGAUUGGCAGGGCUUUUAAAAUAAUGGGUUCUCAUGUUUCAU